CACGGAAAGAUGACCACAUCAAACAGAGGGAGUUGAUGUGAUUAUGAGCAAUAAUUUGUGCCGGAAACGUCAUCUAGUUAUUAAUACUGUAUGUUAUGUCAAACAGACUUAUUUAAUGUGUAAUGAUAUUCAACCAUUGCUUUAACUCGACGAAGGAUUUAGAAUCUUGUUAGAAUAAGGAAGAAGACGAUUAUGCAAUAAGGUGGUUUUUAGGAAUUUAGAAACAGUAUCAAAGCUAGUUAUGACGCUGAGGAUGGCUAAAACGUCAACAUACAUAUUCCAGAAGUUUGUUUAUUUUCGGCUAAAUCACUUAUACAGCCACAGCUUCAGUAUGUUAAUACUAUACAGGCUCUGUGUAAUAGUACCUCUAUACUUCGUUGUGCAUCUCAGUGAAAGACCUUUUCGUUUAUAACAGUAGUUUAGUCCUUUGAUUUUCAAGACAAAUGUCACUACCUAUCACUGAAUAUUUAGGGAUAAAUUUGAUGCACUUAAAGCCGAAAAUCUUGUUUUGAACUCCACUUAGACUGGAAUAUUGAUCCAAUUCUCAACUAAGAAAAAGUCCACUAAUCAAAGAUUAUACACAGCAAGAAGUUGUGCUUUAAGUAUAUGUUUAGAUAAACCUUGAAACAACCACAUAUUGAAUCAUUUCAGGGGUUUUGCUGAACGUAUCUGAAGUUUUCAUACAAGUUGCACACCAUGUUGUCGUGAUUGGCUGAAAAACUGAAUAAGAACAUCUGAUGGCACCCCGAAACGACAUGAUGUAUAGUGAUUUACAUGAGUUCAUGUACAAGAUACUGCCAUAAGAAACUGGAAGCCACUUUUACAUUUUACGGUGGAUCCGCUGUUUAAUAUUUCUGCAUUUUGCUUACAGAAAUAUUUCAAUUUCUCUCUAAAUUUGCCUUCGUAACCUGGUUGGUUAUUUCCAGGUUGUUAGUGUAGCCGCUUACUUCGAACUGGCUAGUUUAUCGGAACUUAGAAAUUUUUACUUCGCUUUCAAUUAUUCAGUUUUUGUGUAUCUCCGACUUCAGUGUAUUCGUCUUUUAUGUUUCCGUAUUUUAGUUAGCUUCAGUUUUAUUUCUGUUAUUAACAUUCUUCGUGAAGAUUUUAAAGGACACACUACCUACAAAUAUUUAUCAUAUUCUGUAAUUUGCUUUCCAAAUAUCACAUGGUGUGUCUUCAUAUAAGCAUAUGGUGUAUCUGUUACAGGACCAUAUUCGAGAUCCAUGUGUGAAAUUUUUUCAUCAUUCGUUGUAUAUUACUGCUGAGGAAACCAAAAUAGCUAAACGUCUAUCUGAAUUAGCCGAAAAAUACGAAGGUUCAGUCAGUAUUGGAUCGUAUCCUGCAUUUAACAACAGUUACUAUCGUGUUCGAAUAACCUUUGACUCCCUUGAUGAAAAUACUGUGAAAGUUGCCUAUGAAGAAGCAAAAAGUUUAUUUGAAGAAUGUGUCGUUGUGUAUAAUCCAGACCCAAUCAGUAGAGCUGAUUAUGAAGUAUACAAAUUAUCCGAACACAAAGACACGAGUUUAGGUAAUCGUGUAUCUGAGUCUAUAAAGAUUAUCGAAGAAGCACUAGACAAGUACAGUGAUUCCGAAUUGGUUAUAUGCUUUAAUGGUGGUAAGGACUGCACAGUAUUACUGCAUUUAGUCUACGCUGUAGUAUGUCGUCGAAAUAAUACAAGUACUACUGAUGCGAAGAGUGAAUAUAAUAAUUGCACACGAGAUGAAAACUGCAUGAAACUUCCAAAGCUUUUAUAUAUUCGUUCACAUUCCACUUUUCCAGAAAUAGAAAUGUUUGUUCAAAAAACAAUUGAUUUGUAUUAUUUAUCAACAAGUAGGAUUUUACGACCAGAUUUACAACAAUGUGAUAGUCAUAAAACAGAUUUAAGCUCAUUGUCUGGGUCUCGUUGCCCAUCAGAUAAUGCUGUAGUUGUAUAUGAAGGACCUAUUAAAGAUGUACUUGGAAGAUUUUUGCAAGACUAUCCCAAUAUCAAGGGUGCUUUUAUGGGAACAAGAUAUUCAGAUCCUGGAGCACAUAAUAUGGCUCCUAUGAAGAUGUCAGAUCCAGGUUGGCCUCAAAUUCUUCGAAUCAAUCCACUUUUGAACUGGACUUAUUCAGAGAUAUGGGAUUUCCUCCGAUCUUUAUCACUCCCUUACUGCAGUCUUUAUGAUAAUGGAUACACAUCACUUGGUAGUAUGGAAGAUACACAUCCAAAUCCUCAACUAAGAUAUAUUACAGAGACUGGACGCAUUGCAUAUCAUCCAGCUUAUAAAUUACAGGAAGAAAAUUGUGAACGUGUCGGUCGUGUGAAAGAAAAUAAAACAACGGAAUAA